AUGUGAAACUCAAGGAAACAUUACAUGAAAAGGUCAAGCGGGAGAAUUUCCCAAUUCAGAAAAAGAGAAAUUUGUGCGAGGACCAGAGACUGCAGUUCACGGCUGAUGAUGGACAAGAGGAUCUACAGCAGAAAAAAGCCAUACAAAUGCUCUGAAUGCGGCAAAAGCUUCACGUGGAAGAGCUCCCUGCAGGCUCAUCGAAGGACCCACCCUGGAAAGGACCCCUACCAGUGCCCUCUCUGUGGCAAAAGCUUUAGCAGGCACGACACCCUGGUAAAACACAAGAGCGCACACACUGCGGAGAAACCAUAUGAGUGUCUGGAUUGUGGGAAACGUUUUAGUUAUAAUUCCAGCCUGGAGAGACACCAGAGGACUCACACAAGAGAGAAACCAUAUGAGUGUCUGGAUUGUGGGAAACGUUUUAGUUAUAAUUCCAGCCUGGUGAAACACCAGAGGACUCACCCAGGAGAGAAACCCUAUCAGUGCCUGGAUUGUGGGCAAAGUUUUAGUCACAAUUCUCACUUGUUGAUACACCAGAGGACUCACACAGGGAAGAAAACACAUGAGUGUCCGGAUUGUGGGAAAAGUUUCAGUGUGAGGUCUGGGCUAGUGAAACACCAGAGGACUCACACAGGAGAGAAACCCUAUGAAUGUCAGGAUUGUGGGAAAGCUUUCAGUCGGAAUUACACUCUGGUGAUACACCAGAGGAUUCACACAGGAGAGAAACCGUAUGAGUGUCCAGAUUGUGGGAAACGGUUCAGUUGGAAUUCCUCCCUGGUGAGACACCAGAGAACUCACACGGGAGAGAAACCCUAUCAGUGCCUGGAUUGUGGGAAAAGUUUUAGUCAUAGUUCCCACCUAUUGAUACACCAGAGGACUCACACAGGAGAAAAACCGUAUGAGUGUCUGGAUUGUGGGAAACAUUUCAGUCAGAGUUCCUACCUGCUGAUACACCAGAGGACUCACACAGGAGAGAAACCUUAUGAGUGUCCAGUUUGUGGGAAAGGUUUCAGUCAUAAGUCCCACCUGUUGGUACACCAGAGGACUCACACAGGAGAGAAACCAUAUGAGUGUCCGGACUGUGGGAAAAGUUUCAGUCAGAGUUCCUACCUGGUGAUACACCAGAGGACUCACACAGGAGAGAAACCGUAUGAGUGUCUGGACUGUGGGAAAAGUUUCAGUGAGAAUACCAGCCUAGUGAAACACCAGAGGAUUCACACAGGAGAGAAACCCUAUCAGUGCCUGGAUUGUGGGAAAUGUUUUAGACAUAAUUCCCACCUGUUGAUACACCAGAGGACUCACACAGGAGAGAAACCAUAUGAGUGUCCGGACUGUGGGAAAAGUUUCAGUUCAAAAUCGACCCUGGUGAUACACCAGAGGACUCACACAGGCGAGAAACCCUAUGAGUGUCUGUAUUGUGGGAAAAGUUUCAGUCAGAAUUCAUACCUGAUGAUACACCAGGGGACUCACGCCGGAGAGAAACCAUAUGAGUGUCCAGAUUGUGGGAAAUGUUUCAGUGGGAAGUACAGCCUAGCGAUACACCAGAGAACUCACACAGGAGAGAAACCCUAUCAGUGCCUGGAUUGUGGGAAAAGUUUCAGUUGGAAGUUCUACCUUGUGAUACAUCGUAGGACUCACACAGGAGAGAAGCCAUAUGAGUGUCCAGAUUGUGGGAAAAGUUUCAGUUGGAAAUCCUACCUUGCUAUACAUCGUAGGACUCACACAGGAGAGAAACCGUAUAAGUGUCCGGAUUGUUGGAAAGGUUUCAGUAAGAAUUCCCACCUGGUGACCCACCAGAGGACUCACACAGGAGAGAAACUCUAUGAGUGUCGGGAUUGUGGGAAACGGUUCAGUUGGAAGUCCGACAUGGUUAUACACCAGAAGACACACGCAGGAGAGAGACUGUAUGAAUGUCCGGUUUGUGGGAAAAGAUUCAGGCAGAAUUCCUACCUGGUGAUGCACCAAAGGACUCACACAGGAGAGAAACUGUAUGAGUGUCCGGAUUGUGGGAAACGUUUCCGUUGGAAGUCCUACCUUGUGAUACAUCGGAGGACUCACACAGGAGAGAAACCGUAUAAGUGUCCGGAUUGUGGGAAAGGUUUCAGUCAGAAUUCCCACCUGGCGAUACACCAGAGGACUCACAGAGGAGAGAAACCCUAUGAGUGUCCGGAUUGUGGGAAAAGUUUUAGUUGGAAGUCUGACCUGGUUAUACACCAGAGGACACACACAGGAGAGAGACCGUACGAAUGCCUGGUUUGUGGAAAAAGUUUCAGGCAGAAGUCCUACCUAGUGAUACACCGUAGGACUCACACAGGAGAGAAACCAUAUGAGUGUCCCGAUUGUGGGGAAAGUUUCCGUUGGAAGUCCUACCUUGUGAUACAUCGGAGGACUCACACAGGAGAGAAACCGUAUAAGUGUCUGGAUUGUGGGAAAGGUUUCAGUCAGAAUUCUGACCUGGUGAUACACCAGAGGACUCACACAGGAGACGCACACACUGGGGAGAAACCGUAUGAGUGUCUGGAUUGUGGGAAAAGUUUUAGUUAUAAUUCCAGCCUGGUGAAACACCAGAGGACUCACACAGGAGAGAAACCAUAUGAGUGUCUGGAUUGUGGGAAACAUUUUAGUUAUAAUUCCAGCCUGGAGAGACACCAGAGGACUCACACAGGAGAGAAACCAUAUGAGUGUCUGGAUUGUGGGAAACGUUUUAGUUAUAAUUCCAGCCUGGUGAAACACCAGAGGACUCACCCAGGAGAGAAACCCUAUCAGUGCCUGGAUUGUGGGCAAAGUUUUAGUCAUGAUUCUCACUUGUUGAUACACCAGAGGACUCACACAGGGAAGAAAACACAUGAGUGUCCGGAUUGUGGGAAAAGUUUCAGUGUGAAGUCUGGGCUAGUGAAACACCAGAGGACUCACACAGGAGAGAAACCCUAUGAAUGUCAGGAUUGUGGGAAAGCUUUCAGUCGGAAUUACACUCUGGUGAUACACCAGAGGACUCACACAGGAGAGAAACCGUAUGAGUGUCCAGAUUGUGGGAAACGGUUCAGUUGGAAUUCCUCCCUGGUGAGACACCAGAGAACUCACACGGGAGAGAAACCCUAUCAGUGCCUGGAUUGUGGGAAAAGUUUUAGUCAUAGUUCCCACCUAUUGAUACACCAGAGGACUCACACAGGAGAAAAACCGUAUGAGUGUCUGGAUUGUGGGAAACAUUUCAGUCAGAAUUCCCACCUGGUGAUACACCAGAGGACUCACACAGGAGAGAAACCUUAUGAGUGUCCAGUGUGUGGGAAAGGUUUCAGUCAUAAGUCCCACCUGUUGGUACACCAGAGGACUCACACAGGAGAGAAACCGUAUGAGUGUCCGAACUGUGGGAAAAGUUUCAGUCAGAGUUCCUACCUGGUGAUACACCAGAGGAUUCACACAGGAGAGAAACCGUAUGAGUGUCUGGACUGUGGGAAAAGUUUCAGUGAGAAUACCAGCCUAGUGAAACACCAGAGGAUUCACACAGGAGAGAAACCCUAUCAGUGCCUGGAUUGUGGGAAAUGUUUUAGACAUAAUUCCCACCUGUUGAUACACCAGAGGACUCACACAGGAGAGAAACCAUAUGAGUGUCCGGACUGUGGGAAAAGUUUCAGUUCAAAAUCGACCCUGGUGAUACACCAGAGGACUCACACAGGCGAGAAACCCUAUGAGUGUCUGUAUUGUGGGAAAAGUUUCAGUCAGAAUUCAUACCUGAUGAUACACCAGGGGACUCACGCCGGAGAGAAACCAUAUGAGUGUCCAGAUUGUGGGAAAUGUUUCAGUGGGAAGUACAGCCUAGCGAUACACCAGAGAACUCACACAGGAGAGAAACCCUAUCAGUGCCUGGAUUGUGGGAAAAGUUUCAGUUGGAAGUUCUACCUUGUGAUACAUCGUAGGACUCACACAGGAGAGAAGCCAUAUGAGUGUCCAGAUUGUGGGAAAAGUUUCAGUUGGAAAUCCUACCUUGCUAUACAUCGUAGGACUCACACAGGAGAGAAACCGUAUAAGUGUCCGGAUUGUUGGAAAGGUUUCAGUAAGAAUUCCCACCUGGUGACCCACCAGAGGACUCACACAGGAGAGAAACUCUAUGAGUGUCGGGAUUGUGGGAAACGGUUCAGUUGGAAGUCCGACAUGGUUAUACACCAGAAGACACACGCAGGAGAGAGACUGUAUGAAUGUCCGGUUUGUGGGAAAAGAUUCAGGCAGAAUUCCUACCUGGUGAUGCACCAAAGGACUCACACAGGAGAGAAACUGUAUGAGUGUCCGGAUUGUGGGAAACGUUUCCGUUGGAAGUCCUACCUUGUGAUACAUCGGAGGACUCACACAGGAGAGAAACCGUAUAAGUGUCCGGAUUGUGGGAAAGGUUUCAGUCAGAAUUCCCACCUGGCGAUACACCAGAGGACUCACAGAGGAGAGAAACCCUAUGAGUGUCCGGAUUGUGGGAAAAGUUUUAGUUGGAAGUCUGACCUGGUUAUACACCAGAGGACACACACAGGAGAGAGACCGUACGAAUGCCUGGUUUGUGGAAAAAGUUUCAGGCAGAAGUCCUACCUAGUGAUACACCGUAGGACUCACACAGGAGAGAAACCAUAUGAGUGUCCCGAUUGUGGGGAAAGUUUCCGUUGGAAGUCCUACCUUGUGAUACAUCGGAGGACUCACACAGGAGAGAAACCGUAUAAGUGUCUGGAUUGUGGGAAAGGUUUCAGUCAGAAUUCUGACCUGGUGAUACACCAGAGGACUCACACAGGAGAGUCCUCUGGAAAACCAUAUGUGUGUCUGGAUUGUGGGAAAAGUUUCAGUCAGAAUUCCAGCCUUGUGAUGCACCAGAGGACUCAGGCAGGGGAGAAACCAUAUGAGUGUCUAGAUUGUGGGAAAAUUUUCAGUUGGAAGUCCAACCUGGUGGAACACCAGAGGACUCACACAGGAGAGAAACCGUAUGAGUGUCUGGAUUGUGGGAAAAGUUUCAGUCAGAAUUCCCACCUGGUGAGACACCAGAGGACACACACAGGAGAGAAACCGUAUGAGUGUCCAGAUUGUGGGAAAAGUUUCAGUUGGAAGUCAAGCCUGGUGGAACACCAGAGGACUCACACAGGGGAGAAACCGUAUGAGUGUCUGGAUUGUGGGAAAACUUUUACUCAGAGUUCCCACCUGGUGAGACACCAGAGGACUCACACAGGGGAGAAACCGUAUGAGUGUCCAGAUUGUGGGAAAAGUUUCAGUCAGAAUUCCCACCUGGUGAACCACCAGAGAACUCACAUAGGAGAUAAACCCUAUGAGUGUCCAGAUUGUGGGAAAGCUUUCAGUCAGAAUUACUGCCUGAUCAUGCACCAGAGGACUCACACAGGAGAGAAACCCUAUGAGUGUCCAGAUUGUGGGAAAAGUUUCAGUCGGAAUUCCCACCUAGUGAACCACCAGAGGACUCACACAGGAGAGAAACCAUAUGAGUGUCCGGUUUGUGGGAAAAGUUUCAGUCUGAAUUCCAGCCUGGUGAACCACCAGAGUACUCACACAGGAGAGAAACCAUUUGAGUGUCUGGAUUGUAUGAAAAGUUUCAGUCAGAAUUCCCACCUGGUGAACCACCAGAGGACUCAUAUAACGGAGAAACUGUAUGAGUGUCCAGAUUGUGGGAAAAGUUUCAGUCAGAAUUCCAGCCUGGUGAAACACCAGAGGACUCAUACAGGAGAGAAACCAUAUGAGUGUCUGAAUUGUGGAAAAAGUUUCAGUUCGAAAUCUAACCUGGUGAUACACCAGAGGACUCACACAGGAGAGAAACCGUAUGAGUGUCCGGAUUGUGGGAAAAGUUUUAGUCGGAAUUCCCACCUGGUGAACCACCAGAGUACUCACACAGGAGAGAAACCGUAUGAGUGUUCAGAUUGUGGGAAAAGUUUUAGUCAGAAUUCCCACCUGGUGAAACACCAGAGGACUCACACAGGAGAGAAACCGUAUGACUGUCCGGAUUGCGGGAAAAGUUUCAGUUGGAAGUCUGACCUGGUAAAACACCAGAGGACUCACACAGGAGAGAAACCACAUGAGUGUCCGGAUUGUGGGAAAAGUUUCAGUCGUAAUUCCUACCUGGUGAACCACCAGAGGACUCACACAGGAGAGAAACUGUAUGAGUGUCUGGAUUGUGGGAAAAGCUUCAGUUGGAAUUCCUACCUGGUGAACCACCAGAGGACUCACGCAGGAUAGAAACUAUGAGUGUCCAGGUUGUGGGAAAAGUUUCAGUACUAGGUCUGUCCUUAUAAAUCAUGUAGGUUUACACACAGGGGAGAAACCAUUCAAAUGGCCAGACUGCGGACACUGCUUGACACAAAAUGCCUCCCUUAUCAAACAAGAUAAUCCACAUGAGGCAGAAAAUGAGGUGUGUAGAGAAGCCUUGAAUUUCAUUUCUGAUCUCCCACUGAAAGUCCUGCUGAGAAAUUAACUAUUUAAUUUCUGGCCUGAUUCUUCUUAGUCAAACAUUCGACAUGAGGGCUGAGGGAAAAAGCGGAAAGUGUUAGUUUGAUAAAGGCUGACUACAUGGAUCUGGCUAUCAGCAGAACUUCCUGGACAUUUCCUUUUGCAGAAAUAGUAUUUUUUAAUUUUUUUUAAGACUUUUAUUGAAGUUUCAAAAUGCAGACAAUACAAAGUGUAGAAAAGCUUAGGAAAAGAACUAAAAGAAAAAGGACAAACUGAAAAUGCAGAAAUAUUUUGCAUUUAGAAAGAAAUACCAAGAAUGUGAGUUCUGGCCACCUUCAACCCCCUGGCCAAAAAGCUGUCAAUACAGUAGAGGCCUCUGUGGUUGCUGGGGACCGACUGUCCUGUUUAGACUAUGAGACGCCCAAGCAGUUUUAUUAUAAAAACUGUUUAUUAAAAGCAACUAUUUACAAUAAUGAAGUCCUGUGAAGAAUAAAGCAAGACUGACUGAUCAAGAACGCUCAGGCCAUAAUAAUAAAGAUUCAGGUUGAGAUUCAGGCUGGGAGCUUGGAGCAAAGCUGGAAACAUGCCUAGCACACGCUGAAUGGCAGCAGUGAGGUCCAGAAAUGGACAUGAGGCUAAGGUUGCUGGGAUCGGUUGGAAGAAGAUCCUCUGCGACAGCGUGUGCAGGAUGCAGGUCUUCCACGAAUGGAAACGCAGGCGCUGAUUCCCCUCCGGCUACAGAUGAGGUUUCCAAUGCGGGUAAGGACUCUUCUGCGGAGGCUGUGAGCUCAAAGUAUUAGUUGUUUCCGGCAGCUUGCUCUUCGCGCAUCUUCCUUUUAUGCCAAUCCUUUGCACACCUAUUCCCUCCUGCAACCAAUCGGGCUGCCUUCUCCUUCGUGCACUUUUCUGCACACCUUUCCCGCGCACUGAUUGGAGGAUUCGAAUCCUCUGAAGACUGGCCGAUCAGUAUCUGUAACUUCUCCCGCACUGCUGAGUCAUUUCUGGGUUUUGCUUUCCCAGUUUCAGCUUGAUAAGUUUCUG